AUGUCCUUCACGUCGAUUCCUAUCUUGGACUUAGCUGCGGCCCAGGAUCCAGCUAUAAAGCCUCAGUUUCUAACGGAACUUCGCCAUGCGCUGAUGGAAGUCGGCUUCUUGUAUCUCAAGAACGUCGGUAUCGAGGAUGAGUUGUUUCAAAAGGUUAUUCAACUUGGAAAAGGGUUCUUUGAUAUUCCCGAACAAGAGAAACUCAAGAUUGAGAUGAAGAAUGCGCCUUCGUUUCUUGGCUACUCACGUCUCUCGGCAGAAAUUACAGCUGGAGAGGUCGACCACCGAGAGCAAAUCGAUCUCUCUACAGAGCAUCCAGUCCCUGAGCCCGGAGCUCAUUUAUACCGUAACCUACUAGCGCCCAACCAGUGGCCGUCCGAAGACUCAUUGCCCGAGUUUCGCAAGGUCUACACAGAGUACAUGGAGCGCAUGGGCAAGAUCUCAAUCCAGUUUACUUCUCUCAUCGCCGAGGCCAUCGAGCUCCCCAGCGACGCCUUCAACAAGUACUUUGACAAGGAUCAGCAGCACAAGCUCAAGAUCGUCAAGUAUCCCGACGCCAAGGAGCUCGGUAUCCAAGGCGAUGCGCAGGGCCAGGGUGUAGGUCCUCACAAGGAUAGCAUGCUCUCUAGCUACCUCCUCCAAGCCACUUCGCACAAAGGUCUUCAGGUGCAAAACGUCCGUGGCGAGUGGAUAGACUGCGAGCCCAUCCCAGGAACGCUCGUCGUGGCUAUCGGCCAGGGUCUCGAGGCACUUACACAGGGCGUCUGCGUCUCAACGACGCAUCGCGUGCUCUCCCCUGCGGCAGGAUCAGGCGCACGCUUCUCGAUCCCCUUCUUCCAGGGUGUGCGUAUGAGCGCUGAAUUCGAGGAUCUCGAGAAAGUCGGCGUUGGUCUUGUACCCGAGGAAGUGAGGGAGCAGCGACGUCAGAUUGUAGAACGCAACGGUGGACGCAUUGAUGAUGUCGAGUUUACGUUCCGUGCCGGUGGUGUGUCAAAGAACCUUGGCGAAGCGACGCUGAGGAAUCGUGUUAAGAGCCAUCCCGAUGUUGGAGAGCGCUGGUAUCCUGAUAUUCUGGCGAGUAUCCGUGAGGAGCAGGCCAAGGCGAAGCAGCAAAAGGAAUCUACGGUGCCAGCCGUGGAAGCGCCCCCAAAGGCUGUGGAGGCUCAUUAA